CAAAACAGCUCAAUAUGUUUAUGCGAAUUUCAUUUUGUUCUUGUUUCUCUCCUCUUCUGAUUUACUAUGUGUACUCACAUGAUCUUGGAUGGGGGAUUCUCAAUCAGUUUUGCUGCCAAAAAAAAAAAAAAAAUCAACAAACUGGCAAGCGUUCAUAUUUCAGUCCUGGAGUUAUGUAGGUUAAAGUAUCCUGGUGGAGACAACAGAAUGUAUCAGAAAGAAAGCAGAGAGCUGGAGAUGUUGCCCGCUAGAAGGAAAGUGGAAUAAGGGACCACGUUAUUCUAUAUCCAUCUUCAGCUUGAAUUCCAACACUUUUAAGGUGAACAAUGUGGUGAUAAAGGUGUCUCUAGCACAAGAAUUCCCAGCAGUGACUAUCUCCUCGCCAAUCCCCAAGAUGUACAGUAAUUACUCCAGGCUCAACACUACGGAAGAAACGCUUCAAGAUGUACAUUCCUCCGCUACAAACGUAUCGACUGAGCAGAUGUCUCCCUCCCCCUGUCCACUUCUCUAUUCAGAUUAUCAAUUUACACUGAUUCCGGUGCUCUACUGUGUUAUCUUUGUCCUUGGGCUUGCUGGCAACAGUGUGGUGGUCGUGGUACUCUGCCGCCAUCACGGCCCUAAAACCGUUGCUAAUAUUUACAUUUUCAAUCUGGCCAUGGCUGAUUUGUUGUGCCUAGCCACACUUCCCCUUUGGGCAGCCUAUUAUGCCUACGGAUACAACUGGCUUUUUGGAUCUGUGAUGUGCAAAAUUUCCAGUUCCGUUCUGUCUCUGAACAUGUUUGCAAGUAUAUUUUUCAUCACCUGCAUGAGCAUGGACCGGUACCGGGCUAUUGUCUAUCCUAUUCGAUCUCAAAGGAGAACACUGCAACAAGCUUCAUUGAUAGCAUUACUUGUUUGGGGCCUCGCUUGUUUGUCUUCCCUGCCAACGUUUUAUUUCCGUGACACGUACUUCAUUGAAAGCUUGGGGGUGAACGCCUGCAUUAUGGCUUUUCCCUAUGAGAAAUACGCAAAGUGGUCUGCUGGAACAGCCUUAAUGAAAAACACUCUUGGCUUUUUGAUUCCUUUAAUUGUCAUAGCCACAUGCUACGUGUGGAUCUGGAUGCACUUAAUGAAAGCACGGGAGUUCAGGAAAAACAAACAAAAAAGAGACAAAGUCUUGAAACUGGUGGCUGCAGUUGUUGUGGCUUUCUUAAUUUGCUGGCUUCCGUUCCACAUUUUAACCUUUUUGGAUGCCCUGGCUCGGAUGAACAUCAUUGAUAACUGUGACAUUACAACCGUCAUCGACACUACUUUGCCUUUUGGCAUCUGCCUGGGAUUUGCAAACAGUUGCAUCAACCCUUUGUUGUACUGUUUCAUUGGACACCAGUUCCAAGAGAAGCUCCAACAUCUGUUUAAGCUGCGAGUCUAUCAGUUUAACAGCACCCGGCAAAGCUCUUCUUCAAGAAAAGGGAGUUACCUUAAAGAGGCCGAGACCCCUGGGGACUGUGACAAAGAAAGACUGAACUGUAAACCAACACUGUAGGUAGCAAACAGGGUUUCUUUGGGGCAUCUGGACGCUAUUAAUGCCACAACACUGUCCUCUUUUUUUUUUGUUUGUUUUCUCCUUCCAUUUUCCAUAUUUUCUGGCGCAAAAUGUUCAAAGGAGAAUUUAUUUUAAUGUACCUGGUUAUCUACUUUACCUGCCUUUUGGCAAAGAGCAAUGAAUGUAGAAUUUUUACAUAAGGUGUAAUGUAUGUAAAAGAAACCUAUACAUGACAUUUUAAAAUUAUAAGCUUGCAUGUAGCUGGGGGCACGUGAAUGCAGUUUAAUGACAUAGGAAAGGAUGACCAAAAAUAAUGCUAAUAAAACACUGUGCAAUAGAGAAAAAUGUGAAUAUUACACCCCCUCAUUAAAAUGUCUUCCUGAAAGAAAGUUUGGCGUGACAAAAAGCUGUCAAUCGUGUUCUAAAAUGAGUAAAAUACAGAUAUUCCUGUACCUGUUUGUA